UUCACAAUAUUUAGUAACCUAUAUUGUUCAGUAUUGUUGCAAAGUAAUUGUCAUGGCUUCGGAACGGUAUAGUUUUUCGUUAACAACUUUCAGCCCAUCCGGGAAGUUGGUGCAGAUAGAAUAUGCUUUAGCCGCCGUAGCCGCUGGAGCAGCCAGCGUCGGUAUCAAGGCAGCCGAUGGAAUUGUCCUUGCUACGGAGAAUAAGCACAAGUCUAUAUUGUACGAUGAACAUAGUGUAAACAAAGUAGAAAUGAUUACAAAGCAUAUCGGCAUGACGUACAGCGGAAUGGGGCCAGACUAUAGGUUGCUGGUGAAACAAGCGCGUAAAAUGGCACAGCAGUAUUUGCUCGUAUAUCAAGAACCGAUACCAACUGCACAGUUGGUGCAACGAGUCGCCAUGCUUAUGCAGGAGUAUACGCAAUCCGGCGGUGUCAGACCUUUUGGAGUAUCUUUAUUAAUUUGUGGGUGGGAUAACGGCAAGCCGUAUCUAUUUCAAUGCGAUCCUUCCGGAGCGUAUUUUGCGUGGAAAGCAACCGCUAUGGGUAAAAAUUUCGUAAACGGCAAAACUUUUCUGGAGAAAAGGUACAGCGAGGACCUGGAACUAGACGAUGCCGUUCACACUGCCAUUUUAACGUUAAAGGAAGGAUUCGAAGGUCAGCUGACCGCCGAUAAUAUACAAGUUGGCAUUUGCGACGCGAAUGGUUUCAGAAGAUUGGAUCCCUCUAAUGUGAAGGACUAUCUUGCCAAUAUUCCUUAAUUUUAAGCUACUUUUAUAUCGUAUUAUUGCAGCAAUCUUUGCACGCUUCAAAACUGAAAACACUAGAUUCUUAUAAUAAAAUUUUUCGUUGGAAAUAAA